AUAUUUUUAUUACGUUUUUAUUAAUGUUUCAUGUACAUAUAUCGGUGCAUAUAAACAUUUUAUUUCGAUAUUCUUCAUAACUAUAAAUUAUUUUAAUUGCAACAUGUUGAAUAUCGUAAAAUUUACUAAACUAUUAAGAGUGUGUAAUGUCACAAAAUAUACAUGUAACCGGCAACAUAUUUUUAUAAAUGCAAAAACGUAUGUCACGCGUACUAAUGUUUCUGUGAGAGAAUAUUGUUCAUUCCUGUUGCAAAAGAGACCACUUAAAGAAAUAAAUAUCGCAACUCGUAAUUAUGGAAGUUCCUCAAAAAGGAAUAAGCAUGAUAAAAUUGUGGGAUCCUGGCUGCUUACCUGUGGCGGUAUGGUUUUUGUAGCAGUUGCAUUAGGCGGUAUAACAAGACUUACUGAAUCAGGUUUAUCUAUGGUUACUUGGAGGUUGCUUGGAGAAAAAAUGCCUCUUAACAACACUCAAUGGCUUUCCGAAUUUGAACGUUACAAACAAUUUCCCGAAUACAAAAUAACCAACCAGAACAUGACAUUGGAGGAGUUUAAACGUAUUUGGUGGAUGGAAUACUUGCAUAGAAUGUGGGGACGUUUAAUUGGCGCAGUAUUUAUAAUUCCAGCAACAUAUUUUUGGUCUAAGGGUAUGCUAAAACGUGGAAUGAAAACACGUGUUGUCACUUUAGGUUUGUUAAUUGGAUUACAAGGACUUAUGGGAUGGUACAUGGUCAAAUCCGGAUUAGAAGAUCGUUUUGUAGAACCUUCUGAUGUGCCACGAGUAUCACAAUAUCGCUUAGCCGCACAUCUUGGAUUAGCAUUGCUCAUAUAUACAGGAUUUCUUUAUAAUGCUUUGGAUUAUUUAAUUCCUGCUAAAAAACUGGCCGUCAAUUUCUCUAAUAGCAAAAUUACAAGUAAUGCAAUGAAGACUAUAAAAAGAUUUAAAAGAUUAGUCCACUCAACAAAAGGACUGAUAUUUUUCACUGCUUUAUCGGGAGCAUUUGUAGCUGGAAUGGAUGCUGGUCUUAUUUAUAAUACCUUCCCAAAAAUGGCAGAUAAAUGGAUACCCGAUGAUAUAAAUGCUAUAUCUCCAAUGUUGCGAAAUUUUACGGAAAAUCCAACUACGGUUCAAUUUAAUCAUAGAAUUUUGGGAAUCAGUACUGUAACAUUAAUAACCUGUUUGGCUAUUGUGUCUCGUAAAUAUAAACUUCCUGGUCGAGGGAGAAAAGCAGUGGCAGCAGUACUUUGUGCUGGUUAUCUUCAAGUACUUUUAGGAAUUACAACAUUAUUAAAUCAUGUUCCUGUAAUGUUAGCUGCGUCACAUCAGUCUGGUAGUCUUAUACUUUUAAGCACUAUAAUCUGGCUGUGUCAUGAAUUGAAAUACUUAGGAAAAUUUGCUAAAUAAAGAUGUUAAGUCAAAAAUA